UUGACGUUGACAGCUGAUUUACGCUGAAACGGGAGGUUAUUUUGUGUUUUUGGAUGAUGUGUAGUUGGAGUGUCACGAAAUGUUUACUCUGUGGGCUUUAGUUGAAGUUUCCUUGUUAUGUUUAAACGCCGUAUGUGUCCUCCACGAGGAGCGGUUUCUAGCCAAAAUUGGCUGGGGGGCCAACAACGUCCAGGGGUUCGGCGAGCCGCCUUCAGUUAAGUCGCAAGUCCUCAACCUGAUCCGGUCAAUACGGACCGUCAUGAAAAUUCCGCUGAUAUUCCUCAACAUAGUCGCAAUUAUAUUCAAACUCGUACUCGGAUAAGCAUAACUUUAUUCAAUAAAUAAACGAAUUUGUCAUAUUAAA